AACAAAGACCAGAGGAACUGUGAGAGCUAGUUUUUUCAUCAGCAUCUGUGCACACGGUGUUAGCAACUGAUUUAAAGUUGCAACUAGGACAAAAAAAAGGAGAAUAUAGUGGCUGACAACUGAGAUAAAGGAGAGAAAAACCAGAAGGAGCGGGGAGCAGCUGGAAACCACCAGAAAAAACUAAAUCAUACGAGAAAAAAAGCAGGAAAAACAGCUGAAAGAAGAAAGAGCGUUGUUGAGCCGAGCAGAGAAACCAAGUGACCUGCAGUCAUCCUGACGAGAAGCAAAUCUGGAGGAGGAACAGCCAGAGGUCCAACGGGCCACACAUCACAACUUCACCAUGAGUCUGAGCAGCACUCUGGAGAAGGGGGCCCACCACCAGGCCCUGGACCUCUCCGAGGAGCUGCCGCCUCACCUCCAUCACCACUCCAACCACCAGCAGCAUCUCCACCAUUCCAACUCCCUGGCAUCCACCACCGCUGUGGGCGGAGGCAGAGAAACCCCGUCGCGUGUGGUCAUACCUCCUCCAUAUUCCGCUGCCGAGAGUGGCGUUGUGGGGAGCGAGGCCCCUCUGGAGCUACGUGGGUCGCUGGACUGCUGGGCCUGCUCGGUGCUGGUGACGGCCCAGAACCUGGUGAUUGCCGCCAUCAACGCUUGCCUCGCCGCCGUUGUGUUCGGCACUAUCCUGACCCCGGCCAUCGUCAUGGUGGUGUUCGGCUUCCUGUGUCACUCUACGGUUCGCCCCCACGGCACGACCCCCUACUGCUCCGACCUGCUGACUGACGGAGGCUGCGUGGCUCUGCUGGUGGUGGGCUUCCUCCUGGUCACCCCUCUGCUGGUCCUGGCGUUGGCCGCGUACUGCCGUCUGGCCCGACACCUCCAGCUGGGCCUGUGCUUCAUCCCGUACAGCCGGGCCGUGUACAAGAACCUGCCGGCCACCCAGCACCGCGGCCUGGGCACCGGCUGCUGCGGCGGCAGAAACGGAGGCGAGAGCGGCGGGAAGGGAAAGGUCUGGGUUUGAGAGAGGAGAGAAGCAAGGCGAGGGAGACUAUUUGAUGACACAUCAACGGGAAGCAGGAUGAAGGUCGGGUAGAAUGAUUCAGAAACAGGAGGAAAAAAUAAAACAAAACCAGAAGAAUGUGUGUAAUGUCUCAUACCAAAUCAGAACAAUACCUGAUAUGGGAGGUUACAGGUGUGUAUGUGUGUGUGUGAAGGAUAGACUCCAGUUCUACUGACAUCAUCCCGAUUACAUUUCCUUCAUCUGGAACUCCCCUCUCUUUUAUAACCUUCAAUUAUGAAAAGUACAGAUUAUGCUUCACUUAAUGGAUUUCAAUGAAUGCUGUCGGUUUGCAGCUGAUUAAACUAGAGGAUCAAAAUGAAGCCACAGAUUGAAAACAAAAAACACUGCCGCAAAAAAUGUGGCAAAUUUUAUGCAAAAGCAGCAUAUUUACCGGACAUGGAGCCAUGUGUGACUUUCCUGAAUAAAUCACAGGAAAGAGGAAAUCUGAAAAUAGCGCUGGGUGAUGACAAACAGAUUUGCCUCUUAUCACAGUUACAUCAUCAUGGAAAACUUGUACUUGUGAGCUUGUAGUUUAUUGUUUAGCUUUGUGAACUUUGCCUGCAUCAUUUCCUUUUUUAUAAAUAAAGAAAGUUCUUGGAUUUUUCAA